UCCAUUGGCGGCUUCCCCGGCUUCCGCGCCACGCCGCGGGCCGCGUGAGCCGCUGCUGACUCCAGAGCCCGCAAGUGCCAGUGGGCGCGCCAGGCCCGCUUGGGUGGGGGGCGCCGCAGUCGCCAUGCUGCGCGGGCCCUGGGCCCUGGCCCCCGCCGUUGCGCAGCCUCCCAACGGGGUGCCGGCUUUGAGCCCCACUGAGCAGUGGCCGCCCGGCCUAAGCAGCCCCCAGCUCUGCCCAGUCACCGCCACCUACUACACUUCGCUGUUCCCGCAGACGGUGCCUCCCGCUGCAGCGCCCGGCACCUGCCUCGACGCCACCCCCCACGGACCCGACGGCCAAGCUGUGCGCUGCGUGCCAGCCGGCCGGCUGCCGGCCAAAAGGAAGCUGGACCUGGAGGGUCUUGGGAAGCCUGCGGUCCCUGAAUUCCGGACUCCCAAGGGGAAAUGCUUUCGCGUGGAUGGCCUUCCCAGCCCCAGAACACCUAAGUCCCCUGGAGAGAAGACUCGGUACGACACAUCGCUGGGACUGCUCACCAAGAAGUUCAUUUACCUCCUGAGCGAGUCAGAGGAUGGGGUCCUGGACCUGAACUGGGCAGCAGAGGUACUGGACGUGCAGAAGCGUCGCAUCUACGACAUCACCAAUGUAUUGGAGGGCAUCCAGCUCAUCCGCAAGAAGUCCAAGAACAACAUCCAGUGGGUAGGCAGGGGACUGUGUGAAGACCCCUCCCGGCCUUCGAAGCAGCAACAGCUAGGACAGGAGCUGAAGGAGCUGAUCAGCACCGAGCAGGCCUUGGACCAGCUUAUCCAGAGCUGUUCUCUCAGCUUCAAGCACCUGACCGAGGACUCGGCCAACAAGAGGCUGGCCUAUGUGACCUACCAAGACAUCCGUUCUGUCGGCACCUUUAAGGAGCAGACGGUGAUCGCAGUCAAGGCCCCUCCGCAGACGCAGCUGGAGGUGCCAGACAAGGCUGAGGAGAACCUGCAGGUAUAUCUGAAGAGCACCCAGGGGCCCAUCGAAGUCUACCUGUGCCCUGAAGAGGUUCAGGAGCCGGACAGUCCCACCAAGGAGCCCCUCCCUUCCACCUCCGCCCUCAGCCCCAGCCCGGACUGCGCCCUACCCAACCGUGGCCCUGACCUUGGGGUCUCGGAGCCCACUGCCUCCACAGGGCCAUCACUGACUCCCCUGCAGGACCCACUGCCACCGCCACUGCCACUGCCACCAUCUCCCCUCCCAAUGGAGGUCACUGACAGUAUGCUGGGGCUGACGCAUCCGCUUCUCCAGCAGACUGAAGACCAGCUCCUGUCUCCAACCUUGGCCUGCGCUUCCCCUCUGAUCAGCUUCUCCCCACCCCUGGACCAGGAUGACUACCUAUGGGGCCUGGAUGGUGGUGAAGGUGUCAGUGACCUCUUUGACUCCUACGACCUUGGGGACCUGUUGAUUAAUUGAGCAGCCUUGCCGGGCCUCAGCAGUGCCACACCUGUCUACCUCCUCACAGACAGACUGACCUGUCCUCUGCCCGUAUGGCAAUGUUGGACACAGGUUGCCGGCCUCAGGGCAUGAUGGUCAUCUCUCCUUCCCAGCCUCCUUGGCCGCAGAUGUCUGGGAGAUGUGGAGGAUGUGGCUGAGGAGGGAUCAGGGUCUGGGUCCUGUCUUUCCUCCUCUCACCUGUGACCUCUCAUAUGAAGGACCACAGGUGCAGGUGACCAAGUUCAGGGAAUGGCCCUGCCACGUCCUUUUGAAAGAUAAUUAGGGCCCUUGAUUUCUCAAGAAGCACUUAAUGCCUUUGUAUUUAUUUCAGGUUGGGUUUUGUUUGUUUGUCCUCCCUGAGUUUUAGCAGGGAGAAUGUUGUAGUUUCUAGCAAGACUUCUCAGUCAGGCCUAGGCCAACUCCCCGGUUUUCCCUGCACGGUGGGGACUGGGUCUCUGAGGGGUUGUCCAGUUUGCUGGAAUGUUAAUUGCACUUAGGCCUUGUAAUUCUAGUAAGUGCCAAGUCCUCAGUCUCUGCCUGUUCUCAGUCUGAUGUACCUAGUCAGCUCAGAGAAGGUUCUAGUAGCCCUCCUGAGGCAGGCAGCAUCGAGGCUUCUGAAGUAGCAGAAGCCGGCAGUUAAGGAGUCCCUCUUCCUUUGUAAUUGACCUUUCCUCUUCUUCCCUGUAGAGUAAACGCUCCAGGGAGUCAAGCAGUGAAGAGCCCCUGAGGAAACAGACAGGAGUGUCCUGGCUGCCUCAGGCUCCUUUCCUUAGAGUUCCCCCACACACACCAAGGCAAGGCAGUUCCACCUAGACAGGAGUGAAGUGAAAACAGGAAGCCUCAGGAAGGAGCCCCAGGAACUGCUAGUAUCCUUUCCAGUUCCCUGGGAUAGUUUUUUUGCCAGUCGUUGAAGGGGAUCUUCUUUUUUCUUUUUUGAACUGGGGG